CUGAGUCUUUCUCUCUCUGUCUGCGCAGUCUCACUUUAUAAAUGUCGAAAAAUAAUCUCUGUAACAAUCAUAACUCUUCUUCUUCUUCAACUUCAAACCCUCCUCCAAUGGACACCAUAACAAAUCCCCUCCCUGAAAACCCUAAUCCGUCGCCCACCGCCCACAGCUCCGGCAGCAGCGGCAGCAAUGGCUUCCCCCGCCGCCCGUCUCCGCCGCCGCCGCUCCCAAUCGCGAGAUCCGAUCCCAACAACCCCUACCCAACCACCUUCGUCCAGGCCGACACCUCCUCCUUCAAGCAGGUCGUCCAAAUGCUGACCGGCUCCGCCGAGACUGCCCGCGUCGCCUCCGCCCCUGCCCGCCCCGACCACCACCGGAAUCCCAUCCCGCCGAUGAAAACCGGCCCCCGGAAGGACAAAUCCGCCGCCAAACUCUACGAGCGCCGCAACAGCCUCAAGAAUUUCAAGAUCAGCCCGCUCGGACCGGCCCUCGUCAGCCCCCGGUCCGGUUUACUCUCCGGUUCGCCCCGGACCGGCACGCCGGAGAUUCUCUCCCCCAGUAUCCUCGACUUCCCGUCGCUGGUCCUCAGCCCCGUCACGCCCCUCAUACCCGACCCGUUUAACCGCGGGUCCUCCGCCGCCAAUGCCACCAGCCACCUGGACACGGUGGCGGAGGAGAAGGCCAUUAAAGAGAAAGGGUUUUAUUUGCAUCCUUCGCCGGCGAAUACUCCGAGGGAAUCGGAGCCCCGACUGCUGCCACUUUUUCCGGUGACCUCGCCGCGACCCGCCGCUGAAUCUUGAGGCUUGUUGUUUGAGGGAUGAUUCUUGGGAGCUCCGUGGAUCCCAACACCAGGUGCAUCUGCACCGUGAAUGGUGUACGCUGUCUGGUGUGGACUGAGCUCGCGGUGGGAGUCCCGGGUGCUCCUACGAAACUCCUUCCCCCAGUUCGAUAUUUCCAAUCUUCUUCAGAUUUAUCACUGCACAUGAUCAUAGCCCAACAGCAAAAUGUGAAGUGAACAGAGAAAAAGCUUAUUAUAUAUAUAUAUAAAUAUAAAAAUAUGAAAUCGAUGAUUUUAUAUUAUAAUGAUUAUUUAUAUAUAUAAAAAAAUGAUAUCCUCAUCAAUGUUGUCAUAAUUGAGUUUCGAGUUGUGCAAUCUUAAUUUUUUCUGGUGGUUUUGAAUUCAAGAAAUGGCAUCAUUGUGGCUUGAUUUCUAUAUUCUUUUACCCUUACCCUUGCUGAUGUUGAUGAUGUAUAUAUUGUGUCUAUCUAUUUUAAAUUAUUAUUA